CGCUGCUCUGACAUCACUGGGAAACUUAGCUGGGCGAUCAGAAAACAAACAUACUGAAACGUAAUCGUAUUAAUCAUCACUACUGUCAACAGAGUGACUGUUGUCAUCCGACUGAAGCAGGCUUCUUUAAACCGUCUGAUCAUUUCCGCUGCAGUGUGGAGCUUCACACAAAAAAUGUGAGCAGGUUAACUUUCAGUUUGCAUUUCUAUAUCAAGAUGGCUGAUGAUUCGGUCUCCUGCACGGCUGGAGCGCGAGGAGCCGUUCACUCCGCUCAGCCCUGUGCCAAGCAGAAAUACCGCAGUAAUGCCCAUUCACAGGGACUGUUAGAUGGGCUCCUGAUGCUGCGACAAGGAGGGAUUCUGUUUGAUGUGGUGCUCUUGGUGGAAGGAAAAGCCAUUCAGGCACACCGCAUUCUCUUAGCGGCCUCAUGUGACUAUUUCAGGGGUAUGUUUGCCGGCGGUUUGCGAGAGAUGCAGCAAACUGAGAUCCCCGUCCAUGGAGUCACAUACACAGCAAUGACCAAACUCCUGGACUUCAUCUACACCUCUGAGCUGGAGCUGGACCUGGACACGGUACAGGAAGUGCUGUGUGCAGCCACUCUGUUGCAGGUCCAAGAUGUGAUCGGCUUCUGCUGCGACUUCCUGUUCUCCUGGCUGGAUGAUGACAACAUCCUAGAGGUGGAAAAGCUAGCCGACAUCUACGGGCUGAACCAGCUCGGGGAAAAAAUUCGCUCAUAUCUGCUCAAGAACAUCCAGACCUUCUCACGUACGCCGGUGUAUCGAAAGCUUCCUCCGGUAAAGAUCUUGAGCGUCCUUUCCAGCAACGAUCUGGAGGUGAACUCAGAGAAUGAGGUGUUUGAAGCAGCCCUGCACUACCAUUACACUCCUGAACAGGUGGAGAAGGAUGAGGUUUGCUUACAGGAUUCGUUGCAGAUGUUGGAAGCAGUGCGGUUCUGUCUGAUGGAGAAGCAUGUGUUGCAGCGCUUGCACAGCCGGUUAAAACAAUGUCCAUUGCGGGAAUCGGUGGCCGCCGCUCUGCGUUACCACAGUCAGGAGCUUUGGCAGCCGGUGAUGCAAACCCCACUCACUCAGCCUCGCUGCAGCUCCCAGUGCAUUGUGGGAUUUGGUGGCAUGUAUUCAUCCAGCGCGCUGGUGGACAAUGAAGAGCGCUUCCAGGUGUUCCACCCCUCCUGGGGCGAGUGGCGUAGUCUGUCUGCAGAUCGCGCUCCUCGCAUGUCCAACAUGGGCAUCGCGGUGCUCAAUAACUUUGUGUACUUGAUUGGUGGAGACAAAAACACCAGCGGCUUCCGUGCUGAAGCUCGAUGCUGGAGAUAUGACCCCCGCCACAACACCUGGUGUACUAUCGAGCCUCUACGGCAGCAGCAUGCAGAUCAUUGCGUCUGUGUGGUUGAUAAAUAUAUCUACGCCAUUGGAGGACGAGACUACACCAAUGAGCUGGACUGUGUGGAGCGCUACAACCCACAAACCAACACCUGGGAAUACGUGGCACCGCUGAAAAGAGAGGUAUAUGCCCACGCCGGAGCAGUGAUUGACGGGAAGAUCUAUAUAGCAUGUGGUCGGCGGGGAAUGGCUUAUCUAAAAGAGACCUACUGUUACGAUCCCAGCGGCAAUCACUGGAGCAUGUGUGCCGAGGGCCCGGUGGAGCGCGCCUGGCACGGCAUGGCAGCACUUAACGGUCGCGCUUACGUCAUUGGAGGCAGCAACGAUGGUUGUGGUUACCGGCGAGACGUCCUCAAGGUUGCUUGCUAUAACCCAAUAGCAGAUGUGUGGUCUGUGGUGAGCCCGUUGCCUGCUGGACAUGGAGAGCCAGGCAUGGCCGUCUUGGAUGGGUGCAUCUACAUCCUGGGUGGAAGGUCGCAUGAUAAGGGCAGUAGAAUGAAGUACGUUCAUAUUUAUUACGCGGAGGAGGACCGAUGGGAGAACGGGACAGCCCUCGAGGACCGCGUAUCUGGGCUUUCAGCAUGUGUCCUGCUUUUGCCACGAGCAUCCAUGGCCCAGGCGCGCAGCUGGGAGCAAAGGGCUAAAGCAUCAUGGGAAGAGGUGGACUGGGAUGACUCGGACAACUCCAGCGAGGACUGAAGGUUGGGCGCAAAAAUGCAAAGUGAGGGAAUUGUUCUUUAUUAAAUUAAGGACUUGUAUGAAAUUCCAUAAUUCUUUACUAGUUGAGUUUUGGGGCGUUUUAAUUUGAUUUUUUUUUUUAGUAUGUGUAACCAGUCUUUGUUGUGCCUGUCUGUAAAGUAAGCUGAAAGUGUUCUGGAUUAGAUAAUCUCCAAAUCAAAAUCCAAAUUUUUUUUUUUUUUUGUUUUUUUUUUGUGGGUUAAUUUUACUGACUCUUUUAGGUUGUAGUGCCAUUUUAGUCAUGCUAACAUUUCUCUUAUUGUUUUACGUCCAAAACUGUUUGAUAUGCUAACACUGUACAUGCACUUUACAAAUACAGUUUGAUUUUGUUUAUAAUGAUGGUGCCUUUAUUUUACAGAUGUGUUUUGGUAAGUCCAAUGCCUUUUUAUUAAUAGAUUUGAAUUAAGUGCAAUAACAAUAUUCAAAAGAGUAAAAGAAAAUAGUGAAGACGUGGAUGCUGUAGUGCAGGGGUCGGCAACCUUACGCACAUGUACUACGAAUAGCAAAAUAAGUAAAUAUUACCACUAGAGUUGAUCAUAUGUGUUGUAACAGCAGUAAUAUUGCAAAAUGUUAUUACAUUGUGAAAGCUUUCUAUUUGAAUAUAUUUUAAAAUAUAAUUUCAGCAUCAUUACUUCAGUUUUCAGUGUCACAUGAUCCUUCAGAAGUCAUUCUAAUGUGCUGAUUUGCUGCUCCAGAAACAUUUCUGAUUAUUAUAAAUGCUGAAAACAGUUGUGCUGCUUAAUAUUUAAAAAAAAAAAGUUUCAAAGGUUUGGGGUAAGUAAGAUAAAAAAAAUGAAAGUAUAUUUUUGUUAAUGAGGCACAAAAUUAAUCUAUCAAAAGUGACAGUUAGGACAUUUAUAAUGUAACAAUUUAUUUCUAUUUCAAAUAAAUCAUGUUCUUUUGAGUUUUUCAAAGUUAAGUUUUUUUUUUUUCCUAGGUUUAUUGUUUUGUUAUUAUACUCUCUGUAUAAUAACAAAAACAUUUAUUUCUUUUUAAUCCAGUGAAGGCAUUUAACAUUUAUUUAUUUUUAAUCAAAUGAAAUUUAAACCCUGUUAUUUUUUGGCAAACAAACAGAGGUUUACUGGUAAAAUUAAUACAUGGAAGAAAAUUUGUGUGAAUAUUCUUUUAAAAAAGUUUUAAUAAUAAUUGUAGAUUUUUUUUUCUAUGAUUAAGUGGUUAAUCUGUUUGUAAUAUUUAUUUUUAUGCUUUAAUUGUUUUAUUUAAAUCGGCCAGAAAUAGAAAUAUAUAAAGACGUACAUUAUACUGUACAAACGUAAUACAAAGGUAAUAUAUUUGUGACCCAGGACCACAAAACCAGUCAUAAGAGUCAAUUUUUGAAACUGAGCUUUAUACAUCAUCUGAAAGCUGAACAAAUAAGCUUUCCAGUGAUGUAUGGUUUGUUAGGAUAGAACAAUAUUUGGCCGAGAUGCAACUAUUUCAGUAUAUGGAAUCUGAGGGUGCAAAAACCUUUAAAGUUGUCCAAAUUAAGUUCUUUGCAAUGCAUAUUACUAAUCAAAAAUUAAGUUUUGAUAUAUUUACAGUAGGAAAUUUACAAAAUACCUUCAUGGAACAUGAGCUUCACUUAAUUUCCUAAUGAUUUUUGGCAUAAAAGAAAAAUCUAUAAUUUUGACCCAUACAAUGUAUUUUUGGCUAUUGCUACAAAUAUACCCGUGCAACAUAAGACUGGUUUUGUGGUCCAGGGUUACAUUUCUGUUAAACCGUACUUUUAUUUUGACAGGUUGCCGUGAAGUUUCUGUGUGUAUACAGUAUGAUAUGAUGCUAGUUUUCUCAAAUGAAACGGUUAAAUUCACAUGAAGUGACUCUCACAGCAGCUCUGGAGAUGAAGUUCAUGUGUUCAUGUCGUCAUAUAAUGAGACACAGAGGCCGAAAAUCACCGCCAGCCUCACGUGUGCUUCAGUAUUUGUGUAGUAAACAAAACCGUGUUUCCGCCAUUCAUACAUACAGAGCCAAGCGGAACAUGCAGGAUUCAUAUCUAAACCGUCUUUUUAAUAUUCACAGACGUUGGUCUGUAUCGCGAUUCGAAUUAAGUGGCAGACCAAAUUUAUAUUUAUUAAUCCAAAAAUGAAAGAAUUCCAUGGUAUUCCGGGCUAUAGAGUAAAUUCAGUUUUUAUGAAUAGAGUCCGCGAUCCCGUCUGCGUUUUCGCGGAUAACAAAUUGUAGACACGCGUCCAUGUAGAGACAGAAAUGUCAUGCCGUCAUGUAAAUAAGAUAAACAACAUAAGACUAUUUAGUUUGUUUAAUAAAACAACAAGGUUCUAGAAUUGUUCUAUAGGAAAGGUAAUCUUAAAUGAGUUUUGUUGUGAUCUGGCGCAAUAUAGAAAAUAAAAUGUAAUAAAAUUUGACCUUCAAGGGGGCUGCCCCCCUAAUGUAAUGGCAGGGGAAACACUGCUUUUUAUUCAUCAAGAAUUCUGAGGAAAAAAAUGUAUCAUGGUUUUAAGCCUCACAACCUUUUUUAACAAAAAGAAAAAGCAGCAAAUCAGCAUUUUAGAAUAAUUACUGAAGGAUCUUGUGACACUGAAGAGUUAUGAAGCUGAACAUUCAGCUUUAUCAUCACAGAAAUAAAUUACAUUUUGAAGUAUUUUAAAAUAGAAAACAGUUGGUAAUAUAAAAUAUUAUUACUUUAUUUCCUGUGUUUUGAUCAAAUAAAUGCAGUCUUAAUGAGUAAAAGACACUUGUUAAAAAAAUAAAUAAAUAUAAAAUCUUACCGACAAACUAUUGAAAGCUAUAUAAAAAUGUGGAAGGAGUGGUGAUAUGUCAGUGAUUAUUAUUAUAAAUUAAAAAUUGCGCUUCAUGUCAGAAAGGUUGCCGACUGCUAACGAUAUGUUUGGUUGUCAAGUCACUCCAAAGAGAAAUCAUCAAAAAAUUGCAAAUGUUGGGUUAGUGUUGGAUGAGCUAGUUAAACGUGAACUGUUAUUCAGUUUCUCUGAUGUCUUUUGCGAUGUAAAAAGCAAUUCUGAUAAAAAUUCCUUUAAAAAUUAUGCACUGCUUUUUACUGUUUUAUUUAUUUUCCGUCUUCAGUAUAUCAGACGUAUCGCCUCUUUAAACUGUCGGCUAUACAUUUCUGAUUUGUUUGACCCUUUUGAAUGUCAUAAACAAGGAUCACAUGAAAUCUGAAAAUGAAAGAUUUUUUUUAUUUUUAAUAAAUAAUUUGUGGAAUAUUUGAUUUUUGUAUCAAAUAUCCAUUAUAUUUGACAUGAAAAUAUAUAAACAUACAUUCAUUCUUGACUGCUAAGACUAAUUGUGUCUAAUAUUUUGGAAAUGCAUUACACAUUUUAACUGCAUUGUUACCAGUUUGCAAUGUCAAAUUCAUGAAUGAUCACACUGACAAUAAAGUUCAACGGAUUGUACUGUAGUUGUUUGGAUGGCUGUAAAGGUAUCGAAACUGGAUGGAAAAUGUGACGAUUGAUUUAGUGGCAGAUGCAGAAUCUGCUAGUAUCCAGUGUGAUGUAGUUUUAAUUGCCUCUACGGCAGUAACACGUGCUUGCCUUUUUAAAGUCACCCAGAGGAGCCCUUAUAGUCUCACUUCAGAGUUAACUGGUGUUUAAAGGGUUUUUACACCGUGGAUGUUAAUGUUCUCUCUCUUUCUCUCACUCAUGCAUUCACUUCACUCAGUCAUAAAAACCCUUUCAGCAUCUCAUUUGUUUCAUUUCCCUUCUCUGACAAAAAUCUAAUUUAUUUCCAGCACACAACAGUCAAGUUUUUACAGCUCCUUUUUCCAUGCAACUUUUUUGCCUCAAAUUUUUAUUUGUUAGCAUUAUUAUAGCUUGAUUGCCUGUCAAUUAAAUGUAUUGGAUAUAGUAAAACUAGAAGUACACCUUAAAUUCAAUACAUCCAUGCUGUAUAUAAGAAUAUGUGGUAUAUGAUAAACAGUCAAACUACUUGAUAAAGCAAAUGGUUCUUAUGACAAAUGCAGUGAUAUACAUAUUAAAUACAAAACAUUGGUGAAAUGCAACAGUUUAAAAUCUACACCUCAUCCAUU